AUGCAAAAUCUGAGCGCAUCCCAGAAAGCAGCUCAGAUUUCACGUCUUCGACUGGAGGUUGAAAGGAUUCGUGCCAGAAAUCUUUUAGCUCUCCAGGAGAUAGAUAUAAUGGAUGAUUGGCUGUAUGAUUCCGCUGAAUUAAUUGAUAAAUUCUUUAAUGAAAGCGAUUCAUCAGAUUCAGACUCUAGCAGUAGCGGAAGUAGUGAUGAUGAUUCAUCCAAUUCAGAAUAUUCUUCAAAUGAGCCACCAGAAGACAGCGCGUAUCAAAAUAAAAAACAUUCUCAUAAAGCAACAGAAAAAACUAAGGCUACACAACCACCAUCAAAGAACAUACCUCCUAAAGCAGCAAUUAAGCCGCCAGCGUUUCCAACACCGCAAACAGCAAAAAUCCAACUUCCAAUUCCAACUAGACCAUUACUUACUCCAGACCAAUUGAAAGUAAUAUUUUCUAAUCCAGAAUUGAUGGCACGUUAUUUCACAAAAGAGCAAAUUCAAAUGAUUCAAAAAAAUCAACAGCCAAUCAACGCAAAACUCGUUAUUCCACCAGCCGCAGCACACACUAUACCAAUCACACAACAAAAGCCUAUCAUUGUUAUUCAAAAAGGACCUCAAUUUCCAAAACCGCCUCCAAAACCUGUUCCUCAACCAGCUCCUGCUCCAGUUAACAUUCCUCCGAGAAUUGAUGUCAUACCAAUUGUUGUUCCACUACCACAAUCGCUUAUUUUACCGAAUAAAAUUGAAAAUCAGAUUCUUCCUCCGGAUUCAUCAAUUAUUAGAAGAUAUAAUGGAGUAUACAAUGCAAUACGCCAAAGCCAAGGCAAUGUUGAAAAAAUUUAUUCUCUUCUCCUCAAAGGGAAAUGA